ACUUGCGCUUAGGGAGUGUUUUCCCAUUUAAACAAACACAGUCCUGAAGAUGGCGGAGAGUUAAUAGUAGUGGAAAAAGGAAACUGGUGCGCUCCAAGGAAUACAUUGAAUCUGAGUCAGAUGUGCUGGACUUGGAAACAUUGACUGAAUUCCUUUAAAAAGGAGCAGACCGGACGGGACUCUGGACAGGCCACGGUCACGCACAGGUCACACUCGCGCCAAAGGUGCUGAUAUGUGCUUACGAUGAGCGGACUGGGGGAGAACUCCUUAGAGCCGCUGUGCUCCGACCGGAAACGCAAGCUCUCCACCUGCGAUACGCCCGGCCUCGGGUGCGACAAGAGGAGACGGGAGCAGGAGACCAAGUAUAUCGAGGAGCUGGCCGAGCUGAUCUCGGCCAACCUCAGCGACAUCGACAACUUCAACGUGAAGCCGGACAAGUGCGCCAUACUCAAGGAGACCGUGCGACAGAUCCGACUCAUCAAGGAGCAAGGGAAAGCAUCCUCCAAUGAUGAUGACGUCCAGAAGGCCGACGUGUCCUCCACGGGCCAGGGGGUCAUCGACAAGGACCACCUGGGGCCGCUGUUGCUUCAGGCUCUGGACGGCUUCUUAUUUGUGGUCAACCGGGAAGGCAACAUCGUGUUUGUGUCGGAUAACGUGACGCAGUACCUGCAGUACAAACACGAGGAGCUGAUCAACACCAGCGUGUACAACAUCCUCCACGAGGAGGACCACGAUGAGUUCCACAAGAACCUGCCCAAGUCCAACAUGAACGGCGUGUCGUGGGGUGGUGAAGCGCCUCGGCAGAAGAGCCACACCUUUAACUGCCGCAUGCUGGUGAAGUACGUCCCCGGCCCGGCGGAGGAUGCGGGGGCCAGCCCGCGGUACGAGACCAUGCAGUGCUUCGCCCUGACGCAGCCCAAAGCCAUGAUGGAGGAGGGGGAGGACCUGCAGUCCUGCAUGAUAUGCGUGGCGCGGCGCAUCACUGCGGUGGAGCGGACGGAGAGUUUCAACACCAACCACGAGCUUUCGGGCAAGCUGAUCCAGAUAGACCAGAACUCGCUGCGCACCAUGCGGCCGGGCUGGGAGGACCUGCUGCGCCGCUGCAUCCAGAUGUUCCUGCACCACAGCGAGGGCCAGCCCUGGUCCCACAGGCGCCACUACCAAGAGGCUCUCAUGCAGGGCCACGCCGAGACCCCGCUGUACCGCUUCUCGCUGUCGGACGGCACUCCGGUCACGGCACAGACCAAGAGCAAACUGUGCCGCAACCACGUGACCAAUGAACCGCAGGGCUUCAUAUCCACCCAUCUGCUGCAGAGGGAGCAGAACGGAUACCGCACCAACCCGGGCGGCAUGAGGCCGCAGGGCAUGGCCAACACCGGCGGUCAUGCCCAGCCUGGCGGAGGCGUGCCCAUGGGUGCCAGCAGAGCCUACGGCAUGAGCGAGCACGGCGGCAUGGGCCCGGUGGGCGGCGGCGCGUACGGCGGCGGCGGCGGCGGCGGCGGCAACAGGAUGAUGCAAAUGAAUCCCAUGAACUCUAUGAAUCAGAUGAACCCCAUGAAUCAAGGGAACCAGAUGAACCCCAUGAAUCAAGGGAAUCAGAUGAAUCCCAUGAAUCAGAUGAAUCCUAUGAAUCCCAUGAAUCAGAUGAGUCAGAUGAGCCAAAUGAAUCAGAUGCACCCAAUGAAUCAGGUGAACCCGAUGAACCAGAUGAAUCAGAUGGGCCACCCUGGCCCUGGCCCCAGCAUGCAGCAGCAGCAGCAGCAGCAGCAGCCGCCUCCAUUCCAGUGCGGCGGGUACGGCCUGGGCAUGAACAGCCCCUCCCAUGGUAGCCCGGGCAUGAGCGGCCCCCAGCAGAACCUCAUGGUCUCCCCCAGAAUGCGCGGGAGCCCCAAAAUGGCGGCAAGCCAGUUCUCCCCAGGAGGAAUGCCCUCCCCCAUGGGCGCGUGCGGUGCUGGCGGGACGGGCGGGGGCGGAGGCAGCAGCUCGUUCUCCAGCAGCUCGCUCAACGCCCUGCAGGCCAUCAGCGAGGGGGUGGGCAGCGCCCUGUCCUCCGCCCUGACCUCGCCGGCCCACAAGGCCGAGAGCUCACCGGGCCUGGUCUCCUCCCAGCAGCAGAGCCAGCUGGGAAAGCCCAAAAGCCCAACGGACCCGCUCCACCCGCACCUCCACCCGCACCAGCACCAGCACCGCCCCCUGUCGGCGGACGGAGGCGGUGACAGGCCCGACAGCCAGGCCGGGCAGCCCAGCGCCAAGGAGGGCGGGGACGGGGGCGUGGCCAGCUCCGAGCCGCCCAGGCGGUCGCUGGACAGCAAGGGGCACAAAAAGCUGCUGCAGCUGCUGACGUCCCCCACGGGGGAGCUGGACCUGGGGGUAGGGGGGGCACACCCCAUGGGCCCUCCCAGGCCGUCCACGCCCUCCGGGCCGGACGCCAAGGAGCCCGCGGGCUGCGUCACCAGCCCCACUUCCAUGGGCGUGUCCUCCUCCUCCGGCCCGGGGCAGCAGGGCCCGGCAGGCCACUACCCCUCCCACUCGCUGCAGGAGAAGCACAAGAUCCUCCACAAGCUCCUGCAGAACGGGAACACCCCGGACGAGGUGGCCAAGAUCACCGCCGAGGCCACCGGCAAGGUGUCCGGGGGGGCGGAGCUGGCGGGCGGGGCCGGGGGCGGGCCUGCUGGCCGGGGCGGGCCGGGGGUCCGGGAGGUGAAGCAGGAGCAGCACAGCCCCCGGAAGGAGAAGACCCACGCCCUGCUGCACUACCUCCUGAACAAGGAGGAGCCCAAGGAGGCGGCGGAGAUCAAGGCCAAGCUGGAGGAACAGGAGGGGAAGGGAGACUGCAACAGCUCCUCCAGCGACAGACCCGAGGGAAAGGUCAAGAUUGAGCCCCCUGAUGAGUUGGACAGCCUGGAGUCGAUACUGGGAGGCCUCCGGAACUCCGGCUCCGGGUUUUACCCCGAGCCAGGAAUGGGAGGAGCCAGUGAAGGGAGGAGCAAGCAGGGGGUGUGUCUGGAGGACAGCGUGCACGGCUCCAGGAGCCCGGGGCCCGUCCCUGCCAGUCGGGCGCCCUUCCAGAGGGCCGUGUCGGUGGACAGUAAGCCCCCUGGUGGUGGAGGACUGGCAGGGCGUCGCAGCGUCCCGUGCCCCAUGCUGAUCAAGCAGGAGAGCCUGGACAGCCCGCGCGGGAUCGGCACGCCCGCCAACGUCCCCGGGAACAUGGCGAUGCUGAACAGGGGCGUGGCAAUGCCUCAGCGUUCCCCCAUGGGGGGUUCGGGGGACUGGGGGAGGCCUGGCGGGAGCCCCGCGGGGCCGGUAGGACACCCCUCCAUGGUCCGCCCUGGAAUGGACUACGGCCCCAAAGGCAUGAUGGGAGGACCCAUGGUCAGCAGGUCCAACAGCGUGCCGGGCAGCAGGUCUAUGCUACAGCAGCAGCUGAUGGAUAUGGGACCGAGUGAAAUGAAUGUGGGCAUGGGGCCCUUCGUUGGGCAGGGCCCCCCCAGUCAGUCCCCCUCGUGGCCAGAUGCUGUGAUGGGCGGGGAGCCGGGACCCCCAAACGGGCGUGGCAGGCGGCAGUUCGGGAACCCCCUGGACGAGCUGCUGGUGCCCCCGUCCACCAGCGAGGGGCAGAGCGACGAGCGGGCGCUCCUGGACCAGCUGGACUCGCUGCUCAACAACACGGACGUGAUCACGCUGGAGGAGAUCGACCGCGCGCUGGGCAUCCCUGACCUCAUCAGCCAGGGCCAGGGUGGCGAACAGCCCCCAGAGCACUUUGGGGGUCCGGACUCCCCCCUGGUGAUGGAGCAGAGGCCCAUGUACGGCCAGGGCUACCCCGGCCCCCCCAGCAUGGCCAUGCAGUCGGCCUACGGGGGCGGGGGCGGCGGCGGCGGGGGUUUCGGCCCCAUGGUGGGCCCCGUGGGACAGCCGGGCGCCUUCCCCCUGCAGGGCAUGCACCCGCGGCCCGGCGCCAUGCAGCCGCGCAUGAUGAGCGCCACCAAGCCCAUGCGGCUGCAGCUGCAGCAGAGACUGCAGGGCCAGCAGUUCAUGAACCAGACUCGCCAGGGUCUCGGGGUGAAGAUUGAGAAUGCCCCUGCAGGAAGCCCGAUGCUUCGGCCUGGCAUGCAGCCUGGCAUGAGCGCCCAGCCUGGGUUCCUGAAUGCUCAGAUGAUUGCCCAGCGGAACAGGGAGAUGGUGAACCUCCAGAUCAGGAGACAGAGGAUGAUGAUGAUGGCCAUGCAGCAGCAGCAGCAGCAGCAGCAGCAGCAGCAACAGCAGGCUGUAGCUGGGUUCAGCCCCCCUCCGAACGUCACCGCCCCCGCUGCCAUGGACAACCCCAUGGCUGGCCCCCCCAUGGGUGGACCCCCCAUGGCUGGCCCCCCCAUGGCCGGGCCCCCAAUGAACCAGCCAGGGCAACAGACCUUCCCCUAUGGAGGGAGCUAUGGGAUGAACCAACAGGGGGACCCCUCAUUUCCACGCUCAGCUGGCAGUCCCCCCAACAAUAUGAUGCCUGGUCGCCUGGGUCCUCCACAGAAUCCCAUGAUGCAACAGCACCCCCAGGGCGGCCCCAUGUACCAGUCAGCUGAUAUGAAGGGCUGGACGCAGGGCAAUAUGGCCAGGAAUAACAUGUACCCCCAGCAGCAACUUGCCCAACAGGGCAACCCCAGCUCAUACGGGGGCAUGAUGAUGAACGGGUCCAUGCCAGUGAACGGGGGGAAUGGAGCGCAUAUGGGGCAAAUGCAGGGGCAGAUGGGCAUGAACCCCAUGGCCAUGGGGCGGAUGCCUAUGGGGUCUGAGCAGAAGUACUGCUGAUGGCUGUGACUCCUCAGUGUGAGCUCUGAGUCCUGCAGAACGGGCAGAGGCAGCUGCGUCUCUCGCCAACGUCUGCUCUGCCUGCCCACCAGAGGCUGCCUGCAGGGAUCAGUGUGGUGCUGACAGAAUUCCUCUGAAUGUCAGACUGAGACAUGCGCAAACACACACACACACCCAAACACAGACACACACACA